AUGCUGUCCCUCAAGUGGAUUCUCCUCUUCUUUCUUUGCUUCUGCAGCAAUGUAGAAGCGAUACCUCGCAUCCUGACUAAAGACAUCGAAGUCUUUGUGGGUGGAGCGGGUGCAGUCGGCUUCGCGGGCCUUGUAGGUUGGCAUCUCCUCAAACCCUCAAAGACCGCAAAUGUCACGGUGCAAUCCCAUAAAGACAGAGUCACGCGCAGCAGUUCCAGUUUAUUGCCGACACCAACGGCCGCACCCACGGGUUUUGAAGCCCCCAGCAUUGUCAAGACAGUCGUAUCGAAAGCCAGCGCAGACGCGGUUCCACAGUCGAUGUGCCAUUCCCCUGUCCCAAUGACACGAUUCUUUGAGGUUGAAGCCUGGAGCAAUGGCACAAUAAUCUGCGUUGAAGAGAUCGAUGGCCUCCGAGUCGGGGACCUCGACAACAGAUAUCCAAACGGCCCUGCCUCUGCGACGAACGAGACUUUCAUACUUCCCGAAGAGCUCAAAGAGGACAACAGUCAGGCUAGCGGUCUUUCCCUCAUCAUAAACAUCCAUGAGCCUCAACCGCCAGCACUCAAAGUAACCUCUUCUCCGUGGGAGCUUGUCUUGAUCUUUUUAAAUGCGCAUGCAGACAGAAAGUUGAGGCCAAUCAUCGAGUCGGCCAGAAGAGACCUCUUUAUCGUCCGAGACUUCUUGAACAAAGCGCUCGCUCUUGUCCUGAAACUGGUACCGACUCAUUCGGCAAAGGCCGUGUUCAUUCCGAUCGGCGUUCCACUGGUGACCAAGUUCGGUCCUGCGGUGGCAAGUAGAGGCCUCGUAAUGCUGUCCCUCUACGCUCCUCUCAUUAUCCUCUACCUGCAAGACAAUUUAGACAGAUAUAUCGGGUGGUAUGCAGGGAGAGAAGAAGAACCGGAGCUCAACACCGAGGUUGCCACUGAACCUUUGCCUAUUGAAGAGGAAGUGUCUACCCCCGAAUUGCAAAUGGAAGCUCCACUGGACUCGACUCCUGCAGGUGAUGAAGAAGGCAGCCUCCCUGGAAAGUUUGUUGAUGCAGCAGAGCGUGAUAGUGAAGAGAGCCUCCCUAGGGAGUUUCUCGAUUCCGCAGAGCACUUACCAUCCUUAGGAUCAGCGGAAGCCUCUCCGCUAACCUAUGAUCCUGAGAAUUAUAAAGCCACUGGAAUCUUCAAAGCGCCGCCAGCGUCAAAAGUAUCGCAGCUAUCGCCUUCCCGGAAGACCAGUAGUAGACAGCGGUCCGAUGGGAAUCAAAUGCAUGGACGUCUCCUCCGUGACCAAUUGUUUGGCAGACGGUGGAAAGACUCUACCGCAACAGCUACCCAGGGGCUGGAAGACCUCAGUUCCAAGAAAGCGCUGAAAAAACAGGCCGAGCCUUCAAACUCGAAGAAACUAGGAAUCCCGACCGAAAGUCUCAAUCAGCUUCAACCAGCUCAUCUGGUUGCACAGGAAUCUAAACGCACUGUUACUCUAGAAUCCGAGCAAGUCCCUUCCCAACAAUCGAGCUCGAGCAUCAUGCCUUGUUCAACAGACGUUCCCAUGUUCGAACAGUCGCAUGGGAACGAACCUACAGAGAGACAACUCGGGUCAACCGUCUCCGACAAGCAUGACGACGUGAUGCCCAGAUCCUUCCCAACUGGGAUAUAUAACGGCAAUGCUUCGACAGGGACUGAGAGUUGCUUUAAGUCCGGUUUACAUCAUGGUCCCAUGCCGCAACCUGGGCAAGAGCCACUUGCCAUUUAUGCUUCCGAACCCACUUCUCCAGAAGGGGAAAGCAUCAUGUUGCAUUCUGAGACCGUCCAUUCUCCCACCCGUUCAAAUAUUUCGUCGAUUCCCACGGAGGACGACAAGAAGAACGAGGAUGUCAAGGACGAGAACGGCAGUUCACAGGGCCCUGGUCCAUCAACACGCAGACUGAAAGCAAUUCCGGAAGAGGAACAGCCCGAGGAGAGGACAGACAACUCUCUUCACAACGAUGAUGGCAAAAGCAACGACCAAGCGUUCCGCAAAGGAUCGACCAGUAGAAACCCGCUCUCCCCGACCAGAUUUGGCAGCGACGGCGGUGCUGGGUACGACUUUGGCUCUGCCCUGGCUAUCGCACAAGAAAGAUUGAAGGAACUGACUCGACCUUCCGUUCGAGGAACCGAUGAUGUCUCUGGAGCCACUGGCGAUUGCAACGGCUCUGGCACUGCUGACUUUGGCGAUUUGUUCGAUUCAACCACCCCUGCCUCGACUCCAUCAAAACAGCCAAUUGUCGACGUGUUCAAUGGCACAGGCGGUCGUCGUCGUGGUGGACUCCGGAGCCAGACGCAAGCUGUAGAUACGGCGUCUAGUCGGUCUGAACGUGGCCGCGGGGUCGCCUUUGCAACAGAAUCCGACGGAUCAGUGGUCAACCAGACGUACUACUUCCAGAUAGGGGAGGCGCCUGUAGCAUUGCGAGACUCAAUGGUCAUAGAUGCGCAAGGACAACAAGCCACUGGCGUUCGAGUUUCGACUGAGCAACCGCCUUCGGUCGUGCCUGCAUCCGAUGGCGAGCAACAAUCGUUCAACUUCGUUGCACCAGAUCCCGCUCCCGGGUAUGAAGCUCAAGCACAAGAGCAGCCCCUCGUUGCGUCUCGAAUCACCCCUGCCUUCUUCGCAGCCUUGGAUUCCUGGAGCCGCAUGCCUGCCGACUACCGAACGCAAGCUCUUGUAGAGUGGGCACUGAGACCUGAGAUCUUACUCCCCGCUGCCAACACGGCGGAACCACAGCCGAUCGAGGCGGCUAAGGCUGUGGCACAAGCCGAACCUUCCCAAUCUGUGCCCCAACAGGUGAAUACCGAUGAGAUCUUGUCGGCCUCGAUGUCUGGACUAUUUCUGGGGCAGGGUCCAGCGGAUAUGGAUUAUGAACACGACGGCCCUGCACACGAAGUUGCAUUUGCACAACAAGUUCCUCAGGGUCCCCCUGUGUCACUGCAAUCCGCAGUUCAAGAACAGGCUGCUGCAAUCGCGCUAGGAUGCAGGCCUGCACAUCCGGUUAGCAUGGACAGUCAGCAGCAUGGCUCUGCAGCUUCGCACCAACCUAGGUCGCUAGAAUCCCAAGCUCAUCCCGCGCAAAUGCUGGACGAGUACAUGGCAGAUGUGGCCGCUGUUUCCGCAUUCGAUAGAGGCUCAACAUCCGACAAUCCCAAGGCAAGCAGUACCCCUGCUUAUCCGUCGAUAUUCCCACAAUCGCUGGGCGACGGCCUUCCUCACUCCCACUCCCCACUUCCUGGUUCAGGCUUCUAUCGAGAAGCGUACCUGGAAGCUGAACGUCGUCAGAGAGAGGAAUUCCGUCACACACCCCAACGCAACCGGGCCACUCGAUAG